CUCUGCUCUCUACUUCUAGCAACUUCACUCCAUCUUUCCAAAAUCAAAGCCUAAAUCGUCCUUAUUCUUCCCAAAUAAUCCAGACAAUAUUUAAGUGCUUUGGUUGUUACAUGUGAUUGAUUCGGUCGUUGUUACUAUUUUUGAACGAAGAAACCUUAAAUCAAGAUUUCAGAAAGAAUCAAAGUCGCCUUCUCCACCGUUCCGACGUUCUCCAACAGUCUUCCGAGUUCCGACACCACAGCAGUCUUCCGAUUUCCGACGUGAACGUUCUCCAACAGUCUUCCGAGUUCCGACACCACAGUCUCUGUUCCAAGACUUCCGUUGUUCCACGACCACAGUGCCUCAGGUUCGGUUAUUAAUCUGUACUCUGUUCCACACUUCCACGAGUCCACGACUUCCGUUGUUCCACGACCACAGACCACAGUCAGCAACUCAGACCACAGUCGGAGACGCCACUGCCUCAGGUCGGCAGAUUAUGUUGACAGAUAUUGAAGAAUUGGCAAAGCCAAACAAUGAUUUGGAUAAGUAUAUUAAUAAAACAUUUAAAUUGCAAAACUCAACUUUUAAACUUACCGAAGAAGAUGGAAAAAAUCGCGCGGAGCAUGCUAAGGGUUUACUUCGUGUUGGAAUUGAUGACAUAAGGUGUAGUCUUUGGAAACUGAGCACAAUGGACCAUGACUACAACUUGAUUGCAAGUUAUUACUGCAAGCAGCACACGUGCCUUCCAAAGAUAUACCAUCUGACAAUGCCAAAUGAAGUCGAGGGUAUUUUUUUGGUAGUUUCAGAGGAGAUUUUUGGCACCCUGAAAGAUUUAAAAAAACCCGCACUGGAUGACCACGCUAAUUUUCUUUAUCCUUUAAGGUCACUUUUUGACAGUGUUGCAGCUCUGCGUGAGUUUUAUCCCGACUUUAACGUGGCGUCUCAAAAUGUGUUUUUGACCAAAUCUAAAAAUUUGGUCACGAAAUCCGAAAGUUCUAUGUUCAAGAUUGGGUUUCUCAAACCCUCCUCUAAAGUUAACCCUGGACUGUACUUGCAAUGUACUCAAGACAUUUCCAAAAUACUGCAACAUUGGAUUGGUGUGAAAUACCUUUCAAAUGACCUAAAAGUUCUUCUGGAAGAGCUUAAAGUGAUUAAGACAGAGAAAAUGAAUUUUAAAAUGCUUCGGACACACCCAAUAUUUUAUGUGGGUGAAAGCAGAAUAUUGCUUUUAGAUUUUGUAAUAAAGUUUCAUCGGAUAAUCUCUAAUCAGGGGAAGAACGAACGGGAGAGAGUUAAUGCAAUGUUGAUAAAGGCAUUUGAUAUAAUGAACUAUAUUGGUAUUCAUAAUUUCGAUUCUGAGUGGUAUUCCGAAGAGUGGUAUUCCAGGGAUAUUAAUAGCCCUAUCAGAAUGUGUAUAGACUUUGAAUUAAAGCGUUCACAAGACCAGCGACAGCCACAGGCUCACGCACAAGACCAGCAACAGCCACAGGCUCACGCACAACGCCAGCAACAGCCACAGGCUCAUGCACAACGCCAGCAACAGCCACAGGCUCAUGCACAACGCCAGCAACAGCCACAGGCUCAUGCACAACGCCAGCAACAGCCACAGGCUCACGCACAACGCCAAAAACAGCAACCAAAUCGAAUACGGAAUAUGAGUAAGGUGUUGAGAAAUAUAGCAACACACGGUUGCGAGCAUGGCCUAUACCGUGAUGAUGUUUGUCCUGCCAUGGAAAAAUUACGCCCGGACUGCUACGCUGCAUUACACUAUGCAGCUUUGACAGAGUUAGCAAAUGAGUUUGAGUUUGUUAAUGUUUAGUUCUGGGAUAUGUUUAUGUUUUUUUUGGUGGUUAAUUCCUCACCGUUGCCUAUUUGUAUGAGGAAUUAAUCAAUUAAUAUUAGUAAAUGUCAUGAAUAGAACAAACACAUAGGUUAGGAUGAUGGUCAAACCAAAGCUUUGUUGCAUUCAAAGCUGCAUAUCCUUCACGACCUUGAGUUUUCCUUUUCAGGAAGUGUUGCAUUUCAAAGGCCACUAUAAUAUUAUCUGUGAUAAAUCUUCAUGGAACAAAAGCACUUUGAUUAUUUGAGAUAAUAUCUUCAAGAAGAAUUUUUAUCUUGUUUGCCA